GUGGUACACUACCAUACUUACCAUGCACCUUCUCAUAUCAUAGCAUCCCACAGCUGCCCGAGUAGUUUAUUCCCUACAUUGCGUUCCAUGCUCCCUCAUUUACACCGCCCCCCCUUUUCGUCUCCUCCCACUCCCAGCUUCCACAGUUUAUUGCACAAGCCCCCAAAUCCCUCUACGCACGCUCCCCAAUUACCCAUCGCCACCGCCGGAAAAUGACAAAUUAUGGCACCAUCCCCACGUCGUCUUCCCCCUCCGGCCCGCCGGUCAACCUCGAGUACAUCUCACGAGCCAAGGAACGCCUCAAGGCCGGCCUGGGAACGCGCCGCCCAUGGCGCGAAAUGUUCGACAUACACUGCUUCAACCUCCCCAAGUCCUUCCACGAAGCUGUGGCGCGAGUCAGGACGAAUAUCGCCUACUUCCGGAUGAACUAUGCCAUCGUCGUUCUCCUGAUUCUGUUCCUCAGCCUGCUCUGGCACCCGAUCUCGCUUAUCGUCUUUAUUGCGAUGAUGGUGGUGUGGCUGUUCCUCUACUUCCUCCGCGACGAGCCGCUGGUGAUUUUCGGCCGGUUGAUUAGUGAUCAGGUGGUGCUGAUCGUGCUCGCGGUGGUGACGAUUAUUGUCCUGUUGCUGACGCGCGCCACCACCAACAUCCUGUCGUCGCUGCUUGUGGGCGUGGUGGUGGUCUUGAUUCACGCUGCCAUCAGGAAGACCGACGAUUUGUUCGCCGAUGAGGAAGCUGCUGGAGGUUUGUUGCGGUCUUCCGGACCCUCUUCUUCCUCUUGAUUUUUUCAAUAGUUACUCUCUUCUUUUCAUGCUUAUCCUCUUUCUUUCCUUCCACUCUACUUGUUUGAAAUUGUAUAAUUCAUCGCCUUGUAUCAGGUGAUGAUUGUUUGUUGUCGUUGACUUGUUGAAAUUCUUUUCCUUUCUCUGGAACAUUGUUGUAUGGUGUGGAAUGUGUAUUUACUUUAAUUACUCUUCUAUAAUCAUUUUUAAAGAAAUAAUGAAGUUAUCAAAAUGUGAAUUUUUUCGUGAUUA